AUGGGCCCCCAGCUCCGCAGUCAGCCCAUGGCCCCUUCCUGCUCCCGCCCAGCCUGUGCCUGUCCGCAGAUCGGCGUGUGGCACUCGAACAGGACGCUGGCCAUGAACAUCACCACGCUGGCCAUGGACGUCUCCGAGAGCCUGGCGAACAAGACCCUCAUUGUCACCACCAUCCUGGAGAACCCCUACGUGAUGCGCAGGGCCGGGGCACAGGCCCCGGGGGGUGCCGGGGAGCAGUACGAGGGAUUCUGCGUCGACAUGCUCCACGAACUCGCCGGGAUCCUCAAGUUCCGCUUCCAGCUGCGGCUGGUGGAGGACGGGCUGUACGGGGCACCCGAGGCCAACGGCUCCUGGACCGGCAUGGUGGGCGAGCUCGUCAACCGGAAGGCCGACCUGGCCGUAGCCGCCUUCACCAUCACGGCGGAGCGGGAGAAAGUGAUCGACUUCUCCAAACCCUUCAUGACGCUGGGGAUCAGCAUCCUCUACCGGGUGCACAUGGGCCGCAAGCCCGGCUACUUCUCCUUCCUGGAUCCCUUCUCGCCGGCCGUCUGGCUGUUCAUGCUCCUGGCCUACCUGGCCGUCAGCUGCGUCCUCUUCCUGGCUGCCCGGCUGAGCCCGUACGAGUGGUACAACCCCCACCCCUGCCUGCGGGGGCGCCCCCACGUCCUGGAGAACCAGUACAGCCUUGGCAACAGCCUCUGGUUCCCCAUCGGCGGCUUCAUGCAGCAGGGGUCCGAGGUGCUGCCCCGGGCCCUGUCCACGCGCUGCGUCAGCGGGGUCUGGUGGGCCUUCACGCUGAUCAUCAUCUCGUCCUACACGGCCAACCUGGCGGCCUUCCUGACGGUGCAGCGCAUGGAGGUGCCGGUCGAGUCCGCCGACGACCUGGCCGACCAGACCAACAUCGAGUACGGCACCAUCCACGCCGGCUCCACCAUGACCUUCUUCCAGAACUCGCGGUACCAGACCUACCAGCGGAUGUGGAAUUACAUGCACUCCAAGCAGCCCAGCGUCUUCGUGAAGAGCACGGAGGAGGGAAUCGCCCGGGUGCUGAAUUCCAGAUACGCCUUCCUGCUGGAGUCCACCAUGAACGAGUACCACCGGCGCCGCAACUGCAACCUCACCCAGAUCGGGGGGCUGCUGGACACCAAAGGCUACGGCAUCGGCCUGCCCCUGGGCUCCCCGUUCCGGGACGAGAUCACGCUGGCCAUUCUACAGCUGCAGGAGAACAACCGGCUCGAGAUCCUGAAGCGCAAGUGGUGGGAAGGGGGCAAGUGCCCCAAGGAGCAGGAUCAUCGGGCCAAAGGCCUGGGCAUGGAGAACAUCGGCGGCAUUUUUGUGGUUCUCAUCUGCGGACUCGUCGUUGCCGUCUUUGUGGCCGUCAUGGAAUUCGUCUGGGCCACGCGCCGCUCGGCGGAGACCGAGGAGCUCUCGGUGUGCCAGGAGAUGCUGCGGGAGCUGCGCCAGGCCGUGUCGUGCCGGAAGCCCACGCGGUCUCGGCGGCGCCGGCGGCCCCCAGCCCGGGCGGGCCUGGCCCUGCGCGCCGUGCGCGAGAUGCGGUUCAGCAACGGGAAGUUGUACGCGGCGCCCCUGGCGGCCGAACCCGCCCCCCAGCGCCUCCUGGAGGAGCCCGCCCGGCCCUGCACCCACAUCCGCAUCUGUCACGAGUGCCGGCGCAUCCAGACUCUGCGGGGGGGGCCCUCCACCCCCCGCCGGCCCCCGCCCCCUGAGGAGGGCACCCCACGCCGGGGGGGGCCCCGGGACCUGACUGAGCAGGAAUGACCCCCCCGCGGCCUUCGCCCCUUAGACAUGUACGCUGUGCGUAUGCCAGGACUCCGGGGCCGGGACCCUGGGGCAUCGUCCCCACCGGCGGCAGCACCCGGGGUCGGGGGGCAGAGCCCUCAGGGCCAGCUGAGAUUGACCCCCCCCUUGUGCCUCCAGCCCCUACAACCGCGCAGCCCCCCGCGCCCCCACCUGCCCGGAACCGGGGAGGCGCCGGGGCUGGGGUCAGGUGCUUUUGGAAACGUGCCAGCGACGGACCAGGACAGACCCCCCCCCACGAAAGAGGGGGGCAGAGCCAGGGCUGCGGGAUCCCGGGGGGGCAGGAACUCAGGGUGUCCCAGCCGCCGAGCCGAGGGGAACCGGCCCCUGGACCCGUGUGGGGGGAGCCGCCCACAGCCCGGCCGGAGCAGCAAGCGGGACGGCUGCAGGGGGGGGGGGUCUGGGCCCCCCGGCUCCGUUUGUUUUCCUUUUGUUUCCGUCUUUUUGUUCUUUUUGGAGAAAUUUCUAUAGAACCAAAACAGGAGAAUCCGAGCAAGGCCGAGGGAAUAAAACCGACCGGAGACUUUUA